CACCAGGUUCCUCCACUUUCUCGAUGCAAUGACCCUUGUUUCCCUGGGUCCUGGAAGAAGGGGAUGGAGGGGGAUCAGUUCUGCUGCUAUGACUGUGUUCCCUGCCCAGAAGGGAAGAUUUCAAAUCAAAAUGGUAGGGUAUAAAUUCUACCAUUUUUCCUUACAUUUAAGCAAACAUUAAUAAGCUACUUAAUGCAUAAAAUUGAUAAGGCGAUAUUCAGUAUUAUGGAAUGCAUAGAUGAAAAACUUCUUGACUUUUCUUAUAGAUAUGGAAGAUUGCUUUGAAUGUUCAGAAGACCAUCAUCCAAAUAAAGAAAAGAAAGGAUGUAUUUCAAAAGUGCUGAUGUUUCUAACCUUUAAAGAAACCUUAGGAAUUGGUUUAUCCUCAGUAGCUCUUGCUUUCUUCUUCUUGACAUCUUUGGUACUUGGAACUUUUAUUAAGUACAGGGAUACUCCUAUUGUCAAAGCCAACAAUCGGUCCCUCACCUACACCCUUCUUGUCUCUCUUCAGCUCUGUUUUCUCUCUUCUUUGCUCUUCCUCAGCCAACCUGGCAAAGUGACCUGCCUUCUCCGACAACCAACUUUUGGCAUCACCUUCUCUGUGGCCAUUUCUAGUGUACUAGCCAAAACCUUCACUGUGGUUGUGGCUUUCAUGGCCACUAAACCAGGUUCUCAGAUGAGGAAAUGGGUGGGGAAAAGAUUGGCCUUUUCUAUUGUCCUCUCCUGCUCUCUCUUCCAAGUAUGUAUUUCCAUUCUUUGGUUGUCAACAUCUCCCCCAUUCCCUGAGUUGGACACACAUUCACAGUCCCAAGAAAUGAUUUUACAAUGCAAUGAGGGGUCAGCUUUCUUCUUCUAUUGUGUCUUGGGCUACAUGGGUAUCUUGGCCAUUGCCAGCUUUAUUGUGGCUUUUUUUGCCCGUAAAUUACCCGACAGCUUUAAUGAAGCCAAGUUCAUCACCUUCAGCAUGUUGGCCUUUUGCAGUGUGUGGAUCUCCUUCUUUCCAGCCUAUCUGAGCACAAAAGGCAAAGCCAUGGUAGCUGUGGAGGUCUUCUCCAUCUUGUCCUCCGGUGCUGCAUUACUGGGAUGCAUAUUCCUGCCAAAAUGCUACAUCAUUGUUUUGCGGCCACAGCUCAACCACAGGGAGCAUCUCACAAAAAGAAAUUAGUACUCCAUGUGAUCUUCUUUCCUCAAACAAAUUGCUGACAAAAAAAGAAGAGAAAGUUUUCUACAAGAAAAAUAUAUAAAAAUAUUUCUUUCAAAAGAGGAUUUGUGGAAGAUUAUUGUUAACACUGAUGUUUAUUAUAGGUGCACAUUCCAAGAGAACUACUUGGGUGCUUCCUGGUUGUUGAAUAUAACAUUUUGUCUCUUUCAAC